GCUGUUUAGGGCAUCGGCACGGAGAGGUGUUCGUGAGAGGGAGUUUUUUUGUUGGGGGUCUUGAGCAUCGCCCGCCCAUCAUCCACCGGAUACCGCGAGAGAUGAAGCUGAAGCAGCUUGAGGGCCUCCUCGGCACGCUCCAACAAUUCUCCCACCCAAAGGUGGAACUGGAGCAGUAUCCGACAGGACCACACAUUGCGUCCCGGUUGCUGUAUACGGCCGAAAAUACAUUUGGUGAUAUAAGUGGCAAGGUCGUGGCUGACUUCGGUUGUGGCUGUGGUACAUUAGGUUUAGCAAGUGCACUUUUGGGUGCAGAGCAGGUUAUUGGCAUUGACAUUGAUCCACAAUCUCUAGAAAUCGCUUCAAUAAAUGCUGCAGAUAUGGAGCUGGACAUAGAUUUCAUCUGGUGUGACGUCAACAAGUUAAGAUGGAGAGAUGAUGUGGUUGACACUGUUGUGAUGAACCCUCCUUUUGGGACUCGGAAAAAAGGAUCUGACAUGGAGUUUCUUGCCAAGGCUUUAAAGGUUGCUUCUCAAGCAGUCUAUUCUUUGCAUAAGACUACAACCAGAGAUUACAUUAAAAGAACAGCUAUUCGAGAUUGCAAUGCUAGAAGCGCCGAUAUUUUAUGUGAGCUCCGGUUUGAUGUGCCACAAAUUUAUAAAUUUCACAAAAAGAAAGAGGUCAAUAUUGCGGUGGAUCUCUGGCGCUUUGUUCCUUAUCCCACUCAAGAAAGUGCAGACAGCUGAGUGACAUGGUAACCAGGAUGAAACACAUCUUUAUCCAAUCUCGAGCACUAAGUCCGCAUGUUGUGACUUGUGACUGCUAGUUUCGUUCACCUCAAUCAGCCGACCGAGCUAUCAUGACAAGAACAGACAGCAGAAGUAGCAGAUUCAACUCGUAGAUGGCAAUUUUUUUUCAACUUAAAGAUCACCCUUAACGGCCUCGAUGGAAACUGAAAUUUUACUACCUGUGGCUAAACACUUCAUAAAGUUGGCUAUAAGUAGGUAGGACAAGAGAUUUUAAUUAGGAAUCCACUUCUACAUGCAUGUGCUUUCUUGUAACUUUAUAAUGACCUGGAGAUGAAUCUGCAAUCAUGUUUGGCUUCA